GCGGAGGUCACAGGCUUGAGUGGAAAGGCAGAGAGCAGAUGAUGUUGAAGAUGAGCGGGUGGCAGCGACAGAGCCAAAGUCAGAGCCGGAACCUGAGGAGAGAGGAACGGACCGCACCGCGCCACAAGGAUGGCAGCCGGGUCACUGCCCUUCUCCUUUGGGACCCUGUCCAGCUGGGAGCUGGAGGCCUGGUAUGAGGACCUGCAGGAAGUGCUCUCCUCAGACGAAAAUGGGGGCACCUACGUGCCACCCCCGGGCAAUGAGGGAGAAGUAAAAACCUUCACCACCCUUGACCCCGCCUCGCUGGCGUGGCUGACCGAGGAGCCGGGUCCCGCAGACGUGACCAGCACCUCGCAGAGUCCUCAGUCCACGGACUCCAGCCAGAGCUCCCUGGCCCAGGAGGAGGAGGAGGAAGAUCAAGAGAGACCCCGGAAGAGGAAGCAGAGUGGCCAGUCCCCAGCCCGGGCUGGCAAGCAGCGCAUGAAGGAAAGAGAGCAAGAGAACGAGAGGAAGGUGGCCCAGCUAGCCGAAGAGAACGAGCGGCUCAAGCUGGAAAUCGACCGUCUCAGCAGGGAGGUGGCGGCGACUCGCAGAGCCCUGAUCGACAGAAUGGUGAAUCUGCACCAAACAUGAACGUUAGGACCAUCCCUUCCCGCAGGCCACUACUGGCCACCGUCUCCGGAAGUGGCCAGUGACCAUCUCCUCGCCAGUGCCAAUUAUGUGACCCCCAAGCCCCAUCAAUUCAGUAGGGGGAAGACACGGGGUAGAGAAAAAAGGGGUCUCGCAUGUAUAUAGAGAUUGUAAAUUUAUUUAUUACUGUCCAUAUCCAUUAAAGUGGCUUUCUAUCA